CUUUCUAGCGCCUCUAGGGCAUCCCGGGAAUCGAUCGAAAAUGUCCGGGGCGGGAGGGCGCAAGGGCAAGAAGAAGAGCGUCUCAAAGUCCGCGAGGGCGGGCUUGCAGUUCCCGGUGGGGAGAUUAGCGCGCUACCUCAAGAAUGGGAGGUAUGCCAAGCGCGUCGGCAGUGGAGCGCCAGUCUAUCUCGCCGCGGUUCUCGAGUAUCUUGCUGCGGAGGUUCUCGAGCUGGCUGGCAAUGCCGCCAGGGACAACAAGAAGACGAGGAUAAUCCCCAGACACAUCCAGCUCGCCGUGAGGAACGACGACGAAUUGGGGAAGCUCCUGCAAGGCGUGACGAUCGCGCAUGGAGGCGUGAUUCCACACAUUCACGGCGUGCUCUUGCCCAAGAAAUCUUCCUCCGGCGCUGGAUCUGCCGAGAAGAGCCCCAAGCCCGAGAAGUCUAAGUAGAGAUUCAAAACAAAAAAGAGGGAGCUCGCUCUUCUCGUUUGUAUAAUAGCUAAUCUCCCCCAAAAUUUCGAAAUUUUAUUCUAGAUGAGCGCC